GAGCACCCGGAGGUGUUUACAGUUGAAGAAAUGAUGCCUCAUGUCCAACAUUUGAAAGGAGCACACAGUAAGAACUUAUUUCUUAAAGACAAAAAGAAAAAAGGCUAUUGGCUGGUGACAGUUCUUCAUGAUCGACAAGUUAAUUUAAAUGACCUUGCCAAGCAGUUAGGUGUGGGAAGUGGAAAUCUGCGGUUCGCUGAUGAAACAGCCAUGCUAGAAAAGCUAAAAGUUGGCUCAGGCUGUGCCACACCCUUGGCACUAUUCUGUGAUGACGGAGAUGUGAAAUUUGUUCUGGACUCUGCUUUUUUGGAAGGUGGACAUGAAAAGGUGUACUUUCAUCCAAUGACCAAUGCUGCAACCAUGGGGUUGAGCCCUGAAGACUUUCUUACAUUUGUGAAGAAGACAGGACAUAAUCCCAUAAUACUGAAUUUUGAUAAAAACAACUAAUUGGGCCAAUGUUUAGAAUACAUUUACAUCUGAAAGCUGUUUUUCUUAAUUCUAAUUGGUAAAAAGCAUUAAAAGUAAUAAUAUUUAGCACCUUGAUUUGGUGACUACUUAAGUCAUUUUAGGAGGGGUAUUUCAUCUUAAAGCUGUUUUUAAAAAGAUAUAUUGAGGUAGUGUUAGCUCAGAUUCCUCUCCACUCCCCAUCCUCCAUUCCCCAUGACUCAUUACAGAAAUGCCCUCAAAAAUUAAGAAUAAAUUAACAUCAAAACUAAGAUUAACAUAUCUUGAACAGGUACUUAUUGUACUUGAAAAAAGCAGAUGGCAAAACAGCAUAUAUAAAAUUAUGCAUGUGAUAGUGCACAUAUAGGGAAAAAUUAAGAGGAAUAUAAGUAUAUUGUUGAUAAUGGUUCUCUUUUGGGAA